GGCAAACAACCAUGGAUCUCCUCCAAUCCGUGCGAAAAGAAGGGUCGCGUGGAGGAGUCAACUUCAGCUGGGACGAUGUCAAAGGCGCGACGAACCGCGAGAACUAUCUCGGCCACUCGUUAAUGGCCCCAGUGGGUCGCUGGCAGCAAAACAAGGACCUGAACUGGUAUGCCAAAGCAGACGAUGCAGAUCUCACUCCGGAGCAGAGAAUGGAAAAGGAGCGUGAAGCGAAGCGCGAAGAGAUGCGCAAAGUGAAAGAGGCAGAAGAGGAUGCUAUGAACUUGGCUCUAGGUCUGCCUGUUCCGGAUAGGACGAAUGCGAAUCUGCAGCCGUUGGGAGAGAGUAAGAUUAGUCAGAAGGAUGUCAAUAAAGCUGUGAGGGAAGCUUUAGGGGACGGGGAAGAUGCGACGGAUGAUGCCAAAGCGCUGGGUUUGAGGGAGAAGAGGGAGCACAGAUCCCGCGACCAUCGGAGGAGAGAUCGCAGUAGAAGUCGGGAGAAGAGGAGGAAGAGGAGACAUGAUGAUGAUGAGAGGGGUGAAAGACGACACAGACAUCGACGAUCAAGGUCGCGUUCGCGGUCACGAGAUGACGAGAGGGAAUCUCGUAGGCACAGGCACAGAUCGCGCUCACCGUCUAGAGACAGGCGGCGCCGAGAAGACAGUCGAGAGCGAGAGUAUGAUGGCAAGUACAAGCAGCGAGACAGAAGCCGUGAGAGACACGGAGACAGGAGACGACGGCAUGGCGAGGAAGGUAGGAGGAGGAGUAUUGAGGGGGAGAGAGUGGGAAAGGGGGAGAGGGAUAGGGAGAGGGAGUGGGAGAGGGAGAGGAAGCGCAGUCCAUCACCAUACUCCAGACGGCGGAGGAACGAUUCGCGCUGAAACCCUUCAAUUCCAUUGAUGAGCUGGGCACGUCGAGAUUCCUCUUUGCUUGUCUCUUGCCUCGCCAUGCCCAUCAACGUCUGUUGAGUACCUACCUAACCGUAGCACUGAACUGGACUGGACUGGAUGCACUUGCAGUUUCACGUUGGCCAUGACGUAAGAGGUAUGAUGGGGCUUGCUCAUUUAGUACUUCUUCAUGUCCGGUUGACAUGUUCACGAACUACAUGUACCAAGCCUCUUUCUGACAACACUCAUCACCUUCAACACAGGAGACAUACAUCUCCACCACAAACCAACAAACCAUGGCAUCCCCCUCCAAAGGCCCAAAAUUCCUGCCAGCGAACCUGCCCACCGACCAUCUCGACGCUGCGGAAAAGGCCUUGAGUCAAGUCACAGACAAUGCCGCAGGUAAACCUCACGAAGAUCCCAAAAAGACUCUCCACGCCCCCUCGGCGCAAGAAGAACAGCACAGUUGGAUGCGCUCAAUCUUUCCAUACUCUUCCCUCCAAGAGAUGGAAGCUGCUUUCCACAUGGGAAACUACGUCCUCGACCGCAAAACGGGAGAGAAGUCUUUCGAAGAGAUGUCCAUCUAUGUCCGUCUCGGCAUGCAUUUGUUGUACUAUGGCUCCGAACAAGAAAAGGCUCUCCAUUGGCGACGAGCCAAAGCCCUCUUGAAGGAACAAUCGAUCAAGAUGGGCAAACAGUAUGAUGCUCCCGAGAGCGUCGAACACAUUCGACCUUUCAUCGAAUCCUUCAACCUUCAAGAAACAUUGGAUGAACUGAAGAAACCAGACAUCAAACAGUACGCGACGUUUAAUGAGUUCUUCGCCCGAGAACUGAGAGACGAUGCUCGACCUAUCGAUGAACCAGACAACGACAAGGUCAUCUCCAGUCCCGCAGACUGUCGCCUCACCGUCUUCCCGACCAUCAGCCUUGCCAAGAAGUACUGGAUCAAAGGUAUCGGCUUUUCUGUCCAAAGACUCCUCAACAGCGACAUUACACGAGCCAGGAUGUUUGAGGCGGGAUGCAUCAACAUUGCAAGAUUGGCUCCUCAGGACUACCAUCGCUGGCACUCUCCCAUCAACGGCACCGUGGAUUCCAUUAUGGAGCUUCCUGGAACAUAUUACACGGUCAACCCGCAGGCGGUCAAUGAGCCUGGCAGUCUGGACGUAUUCUGCGAGAACAAAAGAUCUGUCAUGAUUGUUACGCGAAAGGAGACGGGCGCGAAGGUGGCUAUUGUUGCUGUGGGAGCCAUGUUGGUCGGGAGCAUUCGAUAUAAUCAUGGCAUUGCAGCUGGUUCAGAAAUUGCAAGAGGACAGUGCUUGGGAGCCUUCUUGUAUGGUGGCUCUACCGUCAUUGUGUUGUAUCCCAAGGGUGAGGUGGUUCUCGAUGAAGAUUUGGUCAAGAACUCAGUGGAGAAGGGAUGCGAGACCCUUGUCAGUGUGGGCUGGAGGGUUGGUGCGGGACCCUGAGCAAGUAGUCGAUUGAUUGAUCACUGUAUGUGAGCAAUACAACUAUUGCACAAGGUAGUAGAUUAAUGGAGAUGCAAAUAC